AGAGAUGCCCGAUACGUUUUCUUACCAGCUGUUUUUAGAAGCGAACUGACGGCAAUUGAAGAUACACGAACAUUGGCAGCUGUGAACAAGUUCAAAACGUGAACAUAGUUUAGCAUAUGGAUAUUUCUAUUUGAAGCAUAUUUUCUUCAGUGAACUUGUAAUUCUUGUCCUCGCAGAACAUUUCCGAUUAACACAAUUAUCUUUAGGAAAUAGUUUUGUUUUCCUCAAGUUCAUCAUCAUGGCAUCCACGGAGUCUGGCGCACGAUUUCAGGUGCUUAGCUACCCGCAGGUUGUGCGGUUAGACGAGGUGCUGACUACCCCUGUUGCCGUGCAUGGAAGGGGCAACUUUCCCACCUUGGAUGUGACUCUCUUGGAUUUAGUGGAAAAUGUUCGUGAAAAACUGGUUGGCAGCAAUAUUGAUGUCCGGUGCAUUCGAAUGAAUGGCGGUGCGGCUAGUUACAUCUUGAGCACGGAAACGAAUCAAUCGUACAACGACUUGGAUUUGAUUUUUGGGGUUGACCUCUCGAAGACGGAGAACUUGGAUAUCAUCCGUGAUGCUGUCUUCGAAUGCCUGCUCAACUUUCUACCCGAGGAUGUUAAUAAGGAACGUAUGACAUCAUGUACCAUGCAGGAGGCUUACACGGAGAAGAUGGUGAAGAUCUACAAUGAUAAUGACCGGUGGAGCUUAAUCAGUCUCUUGAACUUGGCUGGUAAGAAUAUUGAGUUGAAGUUUGUGGAUCUGAUGAGAAGACAGUUUGAGUUCAGCGUGGAUUCCUUCCAGAUUGUUCUUGAUUCUCUCCUGUUCUUCAGGAAGAUAUCCGAAGUGCCCAUGACCAGGCAUUUCUAUCCCUCAGUCGUGGGAGAGAGUGUCUUCGGAAACUUUGAGGAAGCCCUUUACCACCUGCACAAUAAGCUGAUCGCCACAAGAAACCCGGAGGAGAUCCGGGGUGGUGGCCUGCUCAAGUACUGUAAUCUCUUGUCACGGGACUACAGCCCUGCUUGUGAGGAGGAGAUCAAGAAAAUGGAGAGGUACAUGUGCUCGCGAUUCUUCAUCGAUUUCUCAGACCUUCUCCAGCAGCACCAGAAGCUGGAGAGCUACCUUAACACGCACUUUGCAGAAGACGUGGACAAGUACGAGUACCUGAUCAUCCUCCGCAGAGUCAUAGACUCAAGCACGGUGUGUCUGAUGAGCCAUGAGCGCCGUCAGACGCUAAAGCUGAUCACAGACUUGGCCCAGAGUGUUCAGUGGUCUCUUGCCUUCCAGUCGCAGUCGAUGCAACCCGUCAACCUCUACUCCCAGCUUCCGAUCGCCUUCGCGGUGCCACCACCACCUCUCCACACCUCCUCCACCACCAAACACAACAGCUGGCAUUCCGGAGUUGCCACUUCCCGUCACCACCAACAGUACCACCCACCACACCAUCAGCAGCAACACCACCACAACAAAAACAGCAGUCAAGGAAGACAUCACAACAACAUUCCCUUCAGGUCACAUCAGGGCAGGAACACAUCCUACAACUCCAGCAAUUACGGGAAGCCACGAUUCAUUCCGCACAUGAACAGCUACAGGCAUGAUGCCAACAAUAAUCAUAGCAAUGUGUUCAGAAGUAAUAAUGUUGAUCCAAGGUGGACAAGUUGCUACUAAUGCUCACAUUAAGUCAUUCAAGACUGACUUUAAACCUAUUCUCAUAAUUCUAAUAAUUCUACAAGUGUGCGCUUCCUGCUAUUUAAGUGUACAUGAUGUAGAUAUUGUUUCAAAUUAUCAAAAAGAAAAAGCUUUAAAAAGUACUAUGGAAAUGUUUUAUGUUAUGUCAUAUUUGUGGUGUAUUGAAAUGUUCAAUACUGUUUAUUUUUGGUUUAUGACUCAAACUUGCCAAUUUAUGUUCAGACAAUCUGAGACAGGUAGAUUUUAUUCAGGAAAGAUGAACUAAUAUGAUGUACUCUUUCGCACUUACAACAAUGUCCACUGAUUCCAUUAGAAUGUUCAGAUAUUCCUGUCUCCUUUUCCACUAGUAUGUUUGUGGCUCUAGUUUGGAAUGGAGAGGGGUAGCAUUCAGAUGGGACAGUGCUUUUUUUUUGUCUCAGGAACACACAUGAUUUAAUAAGAUUUUAUGAUUCCUCUAUAUUACAGUUCAGUUGACAGUUGCCCCACCCAAUCCCCUUUUGAAAGUGUGAAGUAUCGUUGCCUUGGAAUCCUGUUCAUAAAUAUUGUGGGCCAAUUUAAAGUGAUAUUGACUCAUCAAUGCUUUACCGGUGAAUUGAUUUUGAUUUAAUGGGCAGUAGAGCUUGAAAUAAGCCUUUUCUGCAGAGCAAAUAUGGUGCUAUGAUCCAUGUGCAAAAUUGUGCAUUCAACAGAUAAAAUUAUCUUGAAAUAUGAUAUGCUUGAAGUUUGAAUUAAAAAGAAACUUCUCUUCCUUUCGAUCUGAAAGUAUGUUGAAAUAUUUAAGACCAUUACUGUAUAUUAUUUCCAAAUUCCCAUUGGGUACAAAUUUAUCCUUUGCAUAAAACUGUGAAGCAUUGUAAUUUAUGUUAAUUAUUAAUUAUUAUCCUGUGAAAACCAGGGACAAAAAAACUUGAAAAAAUGAAAUCAGCAUUGUCACAACCUAAAAAUCAGUAUUGUAAAACAUUUGAGCUGACAUUUAUUGGACAAACAUGUUCAGUGACAAUGCAUUUAGUUAUUUAUUCAAACUGGUAGUAAACUUUGCACUUACAGUGUCGAUGCAUCAACAGAACUGAAGGUCUAGGAAAAGUAGGAACGGGGAAUUCUGAAAUGGUUCUACAUUGUACCCGUCUUUACAAUCUUGUUUCAACCUGUUUACAUGUGUCAAUAUCAGGAUGAUUGCGCCACAAGCCAUAUUGACUGUUUAAAAAGCCAGAAGGGCUUUGAAUCAGUGUCAAACAAUGAGCUAAUGC